AUGGCACCCAUCCAGUUUGGUAUCAUCAUGAUACCAUUUCAACUCACGGACGUUGCAGGACCCAUGGAUGUCCUAUCCAGCUCCUCUAUCCCUUAUCUUAGGGGAUUUGGCAAUCCCGGCAUAGCUGAACGCGGUGUCGAUAUCGAAUUCCACUAUAUCGGCGAGGAAAUGGAACCUGUAGUUCAUGACGCAGGUUUCAGAUCCCUGCCUACAACCACCAUAUCUACGUGUCAGAGGCUUGACUAUCUCCUAAUUGGAGGACCUUCGCCAAACUAUCUCAGAGCGAUCCCGCCGGCGAUAGCAAGCUUUGUACGCGAACGAGCCGAUGAAGUCAAAAUCGUAUUCACCACUUGCACUGGUGGAAUCUUUGCAUCCGCACUGGGUCUCCUGGAUGGCCGGAACGCCACGACAAACCACGAAGCCAUGGCACUUGCGAGGGAACUUGGACCAAAUGUCAAGUGGACGGCAGAAAAGAAUUGGGUCGUUGACGGCAAAUUCUGGACUGCCGGUGGUGCAUGCGCCGGCAUGGACAUGAUGGCUCAUUGGGUCAUGGAGAAUUACGGCAGGGACAUAGCCGAAGCCGGGUUUGCAGCUCUUGCUUAUGAGCCGCGUGAUGUGGAUGGAAAGCAGGUUAUCUUGAGCAGACAUGUUACAAAGUGA